CAACCAUUGAUGAGGAACAGGAACAACAGUAUAUAGGCUGACUGCGAAAAAGACAAGUCCAUCCUGGAAAAAGUAUCGUCCAUAGAAUCAACUGUGAAGACUUUAGCCUCGAGACAAAGACACAUGUACAAUAAAAGAACAGGCUGUAGAUCAACAUUGAAAGUACAUGUAAAAGCCAAAUCAAAAUCGGAGAAAGCGAAGACUAAAGUAGACAGAAUCAUGGAAAUUACGAAAACAACGCUAAAUAAACUGGUAGAAUUGAUUGACGAAAACGCAGAUGAAGAGGAUAUGUGCCAAAUAGAGGACGGUAUCAAAGAUUUUUGGAAAUCUUCAACAGGCAAAAAAUACGUUGUCUUUAUCACCCAACUAUUAGAAAACCUCGAAAACAAAAUCAAGCAGAACUCACAAGAUAAAAAGAUCAGAAUAGCAAUUACGAAGCGAUUUCUUUCCCUUGUUCUGUUUAUUGGAAAGGAGUACCAGGCUACACUUGAAGUUGAUCGUGGCAGUCUUUUAUUUACCUUCUAUUUCGAAACUCGUCUUGGAUAUGACAGGUUUUCAGAAGAUAUGAGAAAAGGUGUAAUUCAGCAAGAACUGUCUGACGUUGUUCAGUAUGAGCCAUUCUUGGGGAUUUUCAAAUUGAAGAAAGAUGACGUAAUGGUCGAGGUUGAAGAGUGCACUAGAAAUGAAACCGAUCGCACCGACGAGAACAUCGAGAAAAAGAGCAAAUCAAAGACGAUUAAGCCAGGUGACACUAUUUAUGAAAGAGAACGCAUUUCUGAAUUGCCAUACACACAUUGUAGCAGCGAUGCUUUAUGCGUUUCUGAACGUCAUUCCACGCACAAUAUCAUUGACUUUUCAGUAAAGUAUCAGAAACUGAAAAAUGAUAUGGAAGAACUUCGAGUCCUCGCUUCUAAUAUUUAUGAACAUGAUUAUUCAGACACGCUUCAGAAGAAAAGUGAACUUCCCCAAAAAUAUGAAAUAAUUAAAAACAAACUUAAGGAGGAGGGACAGAUAUGGCAUGACAGGAUGGACGCAGCAGUAGAUAUGUAUAUUGCUGCAUUACAAAGCAUGCAGAACAAACAUCUCAGUACACUGGAACUCGGCAUCCAAAAGAUGAAAAAGGCUCUACAAGAAAUAUCCGAGAAGAUUUCACAGAACACAGAGAUGUUGAACCAAACAUCGCUGAAAGAUAUCGCAGAUUACGCAUUGGAUAUUGAGAGAUUCAGAAUCAUUCCAGAAUGGUCUGAUUUUAAGUUUCCAUUUUUUUUAACCAAGCGAUGUUAAGGAGGAGGAUUUGAAGACAGUAAAUUUCACUGCCGCCGUACGACUAAAUGUUCAAGAAUUACAUCUUUAUUCUGAAACUCUUUAAUUACCAGUUCGAAACGUCAAACAAGUGAUUGAGAACCCUGUUGCAAGUGAACAUUUAUCGCGUGGUCUGAGUUGCUUGGCGAGUGUUGCCUUGGAUUCUGAAGAGAGAGUCUGGGUUAAUGAUUAUCACCACGAUUCACCUUCGCUAUUCCAUCUGUCGACCUCAGCGAACAACCAUGAAAAGUAGAUAUGUUCCCACAUGAAAUGAUAAUUUCUGACAUGUGUUUCAAGGUUGAAGGUGAACUGGUCUUCAGUGAAAUUCGACGCGGUUCUGUUAACACCUGGCAAGACGAACAGGUGAAUACGGUGAUUGAAUUUGAGGACUGGACCCCGUGAUUGAAUUUGAGGACUGGACCCCGUGAUUGAAUUUGAGGACUGGACCCCGUGAUUGAAUUUGAGGACUGGACCCCGUGAUUGAAUUUGAGGACUGGACCCCGUGAUUGAAUUUGAGGACUGGACCCCGUGAUUGAAUUUGAGGACUGGACCCCGUGAUUGAAUUUGAGGACUGGACCCCACUCGGAAUUGGCACUACAAGGAAACAUCUCCUCAUUUGCAUGAUAAACAUUCAUUCGGAACAUUUGCAUGAUAAACAUUCAUUCGGAACAUUUGCAUGAUAAACAUUCAUUCGGAACAUUUGCAUGAUAAACAUUCAUUCGGAACACAAAAAGAUUGUUCGUUAUCCAUGGAGUGGACAUGACAUAAAGCAUGUGGAAUUCGACGAAAAUGGACACCCUCUUUUCAGUAAUGUUAACGAUACGUUAUACAUUGCGGAAAAUAAAAAUCUGGAUCUAUGUGUUUCAGAUUAUGGAGCUGGCAGAGUUGUGGUAUUGGACAAAACCGGGAAGAUACGGUUCUUUUACUAUUCCAAAGAGUUCCUUUAUUCUGAAACGUUUGGUCCACGAGGCAUCACUACGGAUGACAUGUUCCGUAUAUUGGUUGCCGAUAGUAACGAUUUCUGCAUUCACGUCAUCGAUAGAGACGGAACGCCUUUGUCUUUGAUUCGAAACGGUGACAUCCAUGUGCCCUGGACUGUAAAUGUUGCAGGAGACAAACUAAUUAUAGGGGAUUAUAUCGGCGGAGGCAUCCUGGUGUUGAAAUACUUGGAAUAAAAAGGCUGAGGAUUUUUUUAUGUGUAUGACGAAUGUAGUACACGAUGAACCGAUGCAAACUUGUUUUAAUGCUGUAUUGAAAUAAAAAACACAGUCGCGGA